UAAAAUAUUCAAAAAAGAAAGUAGGCGAAAAUGGCGGGAGUAGAGGAAAUGGAAUUAGAAACUGCCGAUAAAGAGAAUACAGACAAGCCAGAUAAAACAAAAGAUAAAGUUUCUAAUCAGGAUAACGAGAAGUUGAUGAGGCUGCCAUUGAGUCGAAUCAAAUCGAUCAUGAAGAGUGACCCAGAUGUGACAUUAGCAAGUCAAGAAGCAGUGAUUGCCAUUGCCAAAGCUACGGAAUUAUUUGUUUGGGAACUUUCUAAAGAUGCUGUUCACAGUACAAUGCAGAGUAAAAGAAAGACACUUCAGAGGAAAGACCUAGAUUCCAUUUUGGAUACAAGAGACUGUUAUUUAUUUCUAGAAGGAACUCUAGACUGAGUAGUGUAAUAGGUCCAGACUCGGCUUAUCAUUAGUACGUAAAUUUUGACUUCACAGUCACUGGCAUAAUGCACAAUUGGAUCAGUCUAAUGAACAUUUAAGAUUUAGAUAAUCCAUAUUAAUGGAUAUAUAGAGAUAUCCAGUUUUUCCAUUUAUUUUGACCUAUGGGCCAGGAAGUGGAUGAAUUGUAAAACGUUAUAAUUCAAAGUUUGUAGAUGUUAUACAGAUAUAAAAUAAAAUAUAAUGUCCUGUAAA